AGUCCACUUGUAAAAUUGAAGUCAAUAUGGUGAGGGUUAGACAUCAGAACGUAUUCUUUCGGCCUUUAAUUGAUUCGGGUCUCGUGUUCCAAGCAAAGUGGGUCACCGUGGUCUCCAUUUUGUGGGCCGCCAGCACCUUGGUUGGGAUGUUUUGGUUUAUUGCAAUGAAUGAACGUAAAUGUAUAGCCGAUGCAAUGGGGACGAGCAUCUGUCAACAGAGAAUGAUCCCCAUCAAAGUGUCUCCAGCCAAUCUGAAAGUGGGCUUUUUGAAGACCCACAAAACAGCCUCCAGAACUUUGCAAAACAUUAUUUUACGCUUUGGAAUGAAGAAGAACAAGGUGUUUGCCAUGCCACCCAAUUGUGAGACCAAGUUUUACCAAGAAGAAGGUUGGAACGCUACGUUUCAAGUGAAGGCCAUGGAACGAAAUCCUUGGCAUGCAACCUAUCUUCGGCACCAAUUGUACGAUCUUUGCGUGUUUCAUUCUCGUUGGAACAAAGAAGAAUACAGAAAACUCCUGGGUUCACAUGCAACAUUUUUAACCAUACUUCGUGAUCCUGUAACUCAAUUUGAGAGUCAAUACAGCUUUUUCAACGUUGGCAAACACUUUCAGCUGAACAUACAGGAGUUCAUUGACAAGGUUCAUUCUGGCGAUUUGAAGCACCGCGGAUAUUUGGUGGAUAAUCGCAUUUAUCGUGGCCUGAAUCAGCAAGCGUUUGAUUUAGGCCUAAGUUACGAAGAUCAAUUGAAUGAGACACGAAUCGCUGAAUUUGUGGAUCAGCAAUUGCAAACUUUCAGCUUUGCCGCCAUCACAGAAAGGUUUGACGAGUCCAUGGUUAUAGUUGCGGAGAUCUUAAACGUGCCACUUUCUUGGGUAGCAAGUAUACCCAUUGGAGUUCGGAAUGACUCACUUCGGAUUUCCCUUUCUGAAAAAUCUAAGUUGAGGUUGAUGUCCUUGCAAAAGGCUGAUCACGCCCUCUAUGAGGCCUUUGAUCGUAGUUUGGAUGAGACAAUUCAAAUAUACGGCAAGAAGAGAUUUCAAUCAAACUUGGCAAAGCUUCGUCGUAUCCAGAUGAUCCUCCACAAGGAAUGUGAUUUGGAUUUGAACUCUAACUUGAGCGCCAGAAUGUUUUCCAGUCAGGAAUGCUCAUGGAUUCAAAUGGGAGAGAGAAGCUUAAUUGAAGAGGCGCGUGAUUACACCAUAGCCCAAUGGAACGAAAAGUACCCGAAGGCACGGGUGAAAAUGUCUUGCCACCAAAAUUUGAACCCAAAUACUUAAUAAGGGAUCACGCAAGAUUAUUAAUCAUUAUCAGAUGCAAUAGUAUAUCAUCUAACCGUCAUGUGAUAACCAUGUAUUGCUUUAGCUGUUCACUUCCACGUCAUUAUAAUAAAUAAUUCAAUGAUAACCUUC